GCCUCCUGCUAGCCGGGAUGGUCGAGACGGACUGCCUGGGACGGCUGGUGUAAACGGGAGGAACGGCAUGCCUGGUCGCGAUGGCAGAGACGGGUUUCCCGGCGAGGCCGGGGCACCGGGAGUCGCCGGAGAGAUGGGAGAAAAGGGACUUCCUGGAAUAAUUGGAGUGUCUGGAGUAUGUGAGGAAUGUGAGAGAAGAAAGAUUUACCAGUGUACAUGGGAUGCAUCCAAUGAUGACACAGACAUAGGAGUUAUACAUCAAUGUGCUGUGAAGAAGCGUACCAACACGACAGGGCUCCAUGUAAGGUGGAGUGGUAAUCUGCGCAACAUCAAAUCUGGUGGCAAUUCGUGCAGUCGCUGGUACAUCACAUUGAAUGGGGCUGAGUGCAACAACCCUGCACGCAUAGAUGCCCAAAUCUAUGACAGUACGGAUGGACACAACAUGCACAUACCUUCCUCUAUUGAGGGGAUUUGCUAUAUGCUGCCCGCUGGUCCAGUACUGGUACAGCUUCACACAGGCGACUGUAGACCUGGACAUGGACAUGGAAACACCUACACCGGCUGGAGCAGUGUCUCCCGCAUGAUCGUAGAGGAAAUUGAGAUGUAAACACAAUAAGAGAUGACGUUACGACCCAGGAAAUUUCCACUCAUGAAAGAGGAUGACACAAAUAGCAAGAAGGCUCUUACAGCUUAGUAUUUUUCACAGUAGGCCCAGUCCCACAAAAGAAUCUACACAAAGAAAAUAAUCUCCCUACACAAUGACUCGGCAGCCCCUUCAUGGGUUCAACGGCGACCAGACGAAAUUGGAUAGCAAUGGAUUCACACGAUCACGUGGCAUCACAAAGGAGGAAAAUACUACAUACACAGAAAUGGUGCCCCCUCAGCAAGCUCAAAAUAAUGCCGACAAAUUCCAGAAAUGCAUCUCAGCCUAAUCGAUCGCAUCUUUCGUGUACCGGUUCCUUCUGCCUGUCACCAUCCGGUAAGAACUCGUCCUUCCAUGGCUGUGCAGGAGGACCACAUGCGGCUGCUAGCUGUGUGACAUCUGCCACUACAUGAACAGUGAGACUCUCUGGGGCAGUGAUCAACUUCCUUAACUCAUCCAAUCGUGCGAUCACCUUCAAAAGACGUCAGCAACCAUUGUACAGAGCUGCACUACCAGCACCAUAUACAUAUUUCAACGUAUUUCCCGUGUGCUAAAAUAUUAGUUUUACAUGAAGGUAGUCACUUGUUUAGAGAAUAUAUUAAUUUGAUACCGCAUCAUUUGAAUUUGAAUGCAGUAUUGCUGUUCGUUUGUAUUGUCUUAUUGGAUAAAAAACCAAGUAAUAUGAAUGUUAAUGUAAAUGAUUAGAUGAGGUCAAUGAUUAAAAUGGAAACUGAUGAAAUGCUGAUUGACAAAGUAAAAAUCAAUGAGUAAACCUA